CGAGAGGAAACGGCAGUCGCGUCGGUGCGACACUCGUCAAGAUGUUGGGGGCUGUAUUGGGCUUGAUCUUCAAGGUGGUGGCUUUGAUUGUGUCCCACGACUGUGCGGAUAUCCUCGUGAACCAGGGGGACAUCUUCCAUGAGCAAUGCCUUCGUUUGACCCUUAGCAAGGCCCUCGGCUAUGGAGUUGUCGUUGGUGCCACCAUUGUGAAAGUGCCGCAGAUUAUCAAAAUCCUGCGCGCCAAGUCUGCACAGGGCGUGAGCCUUGUCUCGCACCUUCUCGAGCUCACCGUCUACGCCAUCUCCGUCACUCGCAACUACAAGGAGGAGCUCCCCUUCAGCACUUGGGGCGAGGGCCUUUUUAUCUUGAUCCAGCUCGUGAUUCUGGUCGUUCUGAUUCUGCACUACAACAAGCAGCACCUCUUGAUGGCGCCCAUUCUGAUCAUCUUCGCUACUGCCGUCGCUGGUCUCCUGGGCCACCUCCAGAUGAUCGACCCCGCACUCUAUGUGCCCCGCGAGUUGCACAGCAACCUUCAACAGUUUGUGGCCACGCCCCUAAGCUCUCUGGGUCGUCUCAUUCAGAUUGUGGAUAUCCUGCGUCUCGGUACCACUGGUCAACUGUCCUUUAUCACUUGCUUUCUCAAUUUUGCCGGCUCGGCUGCUCGCGUCUUCACGACGCUGCAAGAGGUGGACGAUCUGAUCAUGUUGACCAGCUUCCUGACCGCCGUCACUCUCAAUGGCAUUCUUGCAGCUUUGUUUCUCUGCUACCCCAGUGGUGCACGCAAGGCCGAAGCAAAGACCAAGAAGACCAAGUAA